GGUAAAAGCCACCUAGCGGAAAGUAGAAGAACUACAUACUACCAUUAAUCGAUAUCUCGAACGAUUGAUGGAUGCUGCGAGAAUCGAGUCUCAUGGCGUACGAAUUUGAAAUUAGCAGAAUCGUCAAAUAACCUACUUAUGUUAACAUUAAUUUUAUUCGUAAGUUUAAACAAACUACGAAAUUAAUUUGUAUCCAUGGGAAGUUGAUACUAUUUUAAAAAGAUCUGAUAUAUCACAAAAUGGGCACGGUACACGCGUCAGCGACCAAAGCAGACGAUCCAAACAUAAUAUGUCACGAUGACGAAUGUGUACCAUGUACAAAUCCGGAACAUAAGGGGCCAGGAAACCCUGGGAGUUUCGAAGACAUUCAUAAAAAAGUUAAGGACGUUUAUCCACAAAAUUUUGAAGGAGCGCGACUCAACAUCAAGAAAAUACUUAGCGAACAUUUCAAUGUAACACACUCAAUUACCCUUAGCGCGGUUACUCCUUCUGGAUAUAAACUUGGUACAAAAUACGUUGGUACCAAAAUGGUGGGCUUAACUGAAAAAUAUCCUAUUGCUAUUGGAGAAAUUUCACCGAAUGGAAAUCUAACCGCCUCGUUCGUACAUACAUUAGGAUGUAGAUUUAGGUAUAAAUUGUCAGCACAAAUUGCUGAUGGAAAAUGCAAAGCCUCAAGCUCCAGUUUGGAAUAUAGGGGGAAUGAUUACACAGUGGCGGUUAUUCUGGCAAAUCCAAAAUUUACAAAAAGGCAUGGGACAGUGGUAAUGCACUUUUUACAAGCGAUUACAUCAAGAAUUACAUUAGGAGCUGAAAUUGCAUGCCUUCGUGGAACAAAAGUUCCAGGCGGUCAACAAACGGUUAUGUGCAUGGCCUUUAGAUACAGUACGGGACUUACAACGUUAUCUGGUACUAUAGGCGAAGCGGGAUUACACCUUUGCUAUCAUCGCAAGACCAGUUCACAAUUGGAAAUCGGUGUCGAAAUUGAAACGAACGUAAGGACUCAUCACUCCGUUGGUACCAUAGUGUAUCAAGUAAACGUGCCGCAUGCAGAUCUUAUUUUCCGUGGCAUCGUGAAUUCAGAAACUACAGUUGGUGGCGUUUUCGAGAAGAAAUUAUACCCCCUACCGGAAUCUUCGUUGAUUAUUAGCGGACUUCUAAAUCACAAGAAACAACAAUUUCGCGUGGGCGUCGGUCUCAAUAUUGGGUAAAGAUAAUGGACCUAGCGUCAUUAAC